UUUCUUAAACAAAUUUGUAUAUCUCAUGUGGUAUUCAAAGGAAUACGAUCCUAUUCAAGCAGGAUCUAUUGACGGCAAUGGCGAUGUGCCUCAUGAUAAUGCUAUUAAAAGAGCCAUGAAUAUGCACUAUAAACCACCUCAGCAUUUAAAGACCGAUGCAAACUGUACACUGUUUAUAGGUAGAUUAAGCUUUGAUACAGUCGAGUCUACACUACAGGACUAUUUUAGUCGAUUUGGUGAUAUUGUGAAUGUAUCGAUUAUAAGAAACAAUGUCACUGGUUUAUCUGAAGGAUACGGAUUUGUUACGUUUAGAUCAGAAUCGGAUACACGCCAAGCCUACCGUCAAGCAAAUCGCGCGCGAAUUGAUGAUCAUACGAUUCUUGUUGACUAUGAACGUAGCAGACUCAUGAAACACUGGGUACCACGAAGACUAGGCGGUGGAUACGGUGGUAGAAAAGAAAGCGGGCAGCUUCGAUUUGGAGGUAGAGAUCGACCCUUUCGUGAAGCUGGGAACGUACCAUCGGAUUAUAAACGAUCAGAUCAUUGGAAAUAUCCAUAUCGCCAUCGUGCAAAAGAUCGUUCAAGAGACCAAUGAGAUGAACAAAAACUUCACCAAUACCCGUAUCAAAAGACCCUAGUCUGCGAAAAAAUAAAAUAAAAAGGAAUACACACUCUGCCUCUCUUUUUUCUUGUG